AAGAUCAAUCAAUUUAGUCACUUUUGCUAUUCUCUAAAUCAGUCAAUAUUUUACGUGUUUAUUCGAUCUACAAAUCUUCUUUAUUCUCGAAAGUUUAAUAUAAAUAUUUUCUUUAAAAAUUAAAGUCUAUUCCAAAAGAUAUUUAAAUUAUAUCCAUUACAUUGAAUAAACUACGUUAAAAAAUUUGGUUAAACGUGAAUUUUAGCAAAGAAAUUUAGCAAUGCAUUUUCUAUGCUUAGGGUGUAGUAAACGUAAUCUCAUCGAAUUACAUCGACGUGAUUCUAAUACGUAUUAUCGACAAUUGUCCUAUGAAAGAAAAAAUAGUGUAAUUGGUGAGGUGAACGUGUCCUCCGACAUAUCGAUCAAAGUUUUCGAGAAAGAUGAAAAAACGAAGAACCUGAUCAAAAACGCGAUUUUAAACAACGAAUUUCUCAAAAACUUGAAUGAAUCGCGGAUAGAAAAACUCAUUUCAGUAAUGUAUUCAACAAAGGUGAAAGCUAAUACACGAAUUAUUCACGAAGGUGAAACCGGAUCCCAUUUAUAUAUUUCGGAAGAGGGAACAUUUAAAAUUUACGUGAACAAUACAUAUUACGGAAAUUUUGGCUCUGGUGUCGCUUUCGGGGAAUUGGCUUUAUUAUAUAACACAAAAAGAUUGUGUUCUAUCGAUGCAUGUACGGAUGGAAAACUCUGGAUGAUGAAUAGGCAAAUAUUUCAAACAAUAAUGUUAAAAAAUGACGAGGAAACCAUGGAGCAUAAUUUGAACAUUGUUCGUCAAAUUGAAAUAUUCAAGGAUUUGUCAGACGAAGUUCUUCUAAAAAUAUGUGACUUGAUAAUGGUGGAAUUUUAUCCUGCGAAUUCAUACAUAAUUCGAGAGGGAGAUCAAGGAAAUAAAUUUUAUAUUAUACAAGGUGGCCAUGUAAAAAUUACGAAAAAUAAAUCAAAUGAUAGGGAAGAGGAAUUAAUGAUUCUCGAGAAGGGUGACUAUUUUGGUGAAAAAGCGUUAUAUGGCAAUAGUGAAUCUUGUCGACAAGCGAACGCUAUUGCAAUGCCUCCUGGAGUAGAGUGUUAUACUAUCGAGAAAGCAGCAUUUCUAGAUUAUCUCGGCGGAAUGGAAUCAAUUAAAAAUAAGAAAUGGCAUGCAUAUGAGAAAUUGAUUGUGCCAGAUAAUUGGAAUAAGCAAUUUGCGAACUUAACUUUGUCCGAUUUGGAAUCUGAAGGAACAAUUGGAGUUGGUGGCUAUGGUAGAGUAGAAUUGGUCGUUGUGAAAUCAUCGACGCUUAAACUUAGCUUCGCUAGAAAAAAAGUAAAAAAGCAUAUGAUCACACAAGGUGGCUUUCAAACAAUGAUUUAUAAUGAAAAAAAUAAUCUAAAAAUAUGUGAUUCACCAUUUAUCUGCAAAUUAUACAAAACUUUUAAAGAUAAGAAAUAUCUUUACUUUUUAAUGGAGGUGGGCUUAGGCGGAGAUUUAAGGACAGCUUUAUACAGACAUGGUCAGUACAAUAAUUCGACGAGUCGAUUUAUUAUCGCUUGCAUCGUAGAAGGUCUUUAUUAUCUCCAUUCACUGGGUAUCAUUUAUAGAGAUUUAAAACCUGAAAACAUUGUAAUCAAUAGCUUAGGCUAUGUUAAACUUACUGACUUUGGAUCUACUAAAAAAAUAGGUUCUUAUAAAACAAAGACUUUUAUAGGUACAUUAGAAUAUUUGGCUCCAGAAAUCAUUCAAAGUAAACAUUAUAAUCAAGCUGUAGAUUACUGGGCACUUGGAAUUGUGACAUACGAAAUAUUAGUAAAUAAAACACCUUUUCAAGCUACAAAUGAUUUGGAAAUAUGUAACAACAUUCUUUGUGGUUUUAAUGAUAAAUAUUUUCCAUCUAUUUUUAUAAAAAGUACAGGAAAGGAUUUUAUUAAAUCUUUAUUGCAAAGUAAUCCACUUAACAGACUUGGUUGUCUACGAAAUGGUGUUGCCGAUAUUCGUAAUCAUAAGUGGUUUAAUUUCUUUAAUUGGCAAGACUUACAGAAUCAGAAAAUGUCUUCUCCUAUUGUACCAACAAUAAGAAAUCAUCUCGACAGAAGAAAUUUUGAUAAUUAUCCUCCUGAUCACAAAGAAGUACUAACCGAUUUUUCCGAUUGGGAUUCGAAUUUCUAAAAAAUUUUGUUAAUUUAUCUUAUUAUUAUAUUAAAUAAUUAAUUAUAAA